CGGAAGCUGGGAGCUGGAGGUUGUUUUGUAUCGCUGAGGCUCGGCGGAGCAGCUGGAGGAACCAUGUCCGCUCUUCAGCAUCUGAGGCUGUUCGUGAAGGAGCGUCUGAGCGCCGCGGCGGAGGAAAUCUUCAGGGAGUUUGAGAAAACCGUCCUGCAGUACGAGGAGCAGCUCCAGCAGCAGCACGGGGCCCUGAGCUGGACUGCAGACUCCGCAGGUACGUGGGGCAGCAGGCCCGGGAGGAGGAGGACCAGCGCUGCGCUCUCAGGCCGGGCGGACGCUGCUAGCUUAGCCGUCACAGAGAAAAGCAGCUUCCGGCGGAAGUGGACUGAAGCUUCACGGCUGUGUGGACGUCGGAAGCUGGGAGCUGGAGGUUGUUUUGUAUCGCUGAGGCUCGGCGGAGCUGCUGGAGGAACCAUGUCCGCUCUUCAGCAUCUGAGGCUGUUCGUGAAGGAGCGUCUGAGCGCCGCGGCGGAGGAAAUCUUCAGGGAGUUUGAGAAAACCGUCCUGCAGUACGAGGAGCAGCUCCAGCAGCAGCACGGGGCCCUGAGCUGGACUGCAGACUCCGCAGCUUGUGGAAAAAGAUUCUAUCAGAUUUAUUUCAUGAAAUAUCACGAAAGAAAUCACACAGGUGAGAAGUCGCACCUGUGCAUCACCUGUGGGAAAAGAUUCACUGACCUAUCGGCACUUAAAAGGCAUACAUCGAUCCACACAGGCGAGAAGCCGUAUUCCUGCGAAACGUGCGGGAAAUGUUUCAGGCACAGCGCGACUCUGUUGGUUCACAUGAGAACCCACACAGGUGAGAAGCCGUACGCUUGCAACACCUGUGGGAAAAGAUUCACCAACUUAUCCGCAUUUAAAAAACACGCCGCAAUCCACACGGGUGAGAAACCGUAUUCCUGUAAAAUCUGUGGGAAAAGUUUCACUCAGAGCGGGAAUCUGACAGUUCACAUGAGAACGCACACAGGUGAAAAAUGGUACUCCUGUGAAACGUGUGGCAAAAGUUUCAGUCGAAGUAGCAACUUAACUGUUCACAUGAGAACGCACACAGGUGAGAAGCCUUACCACUGCAACACCUGUGGGGAACGAUUUAAAUACGCCGCGACGCUAAAGAACCACAUGGGAACGCACGCCGCGGAGACGUCGCACGCUUGCAAAAAAUGUGGGAAAGGCACCAAGGGGGAGUGAUAACAAUCUGGUUGCUACGGGAACCCAUACAGGUGAGAUGUCAGGGUCCUGAAACACCUGUCAGGAAAAAUAUUAUGAAUAUGCUUGUGGUAAUUUAAAGUCCCAAAAACUGCUGUGACUUUAUGUUCACAACAUCUGUGUGUUGUGCUGACGAGAUAUCAACUAGAGCGCAAUAAGGCUGGGCUGUGCUUUCAUGCAAUACCACUUUGUACCACAAGAUGGCGCAACAAGUCAGCGUAACCUUUACUUAAGGAGGUAGUAGUGACUCCUUAUAAAUACUUUAUUUAAGUCAUGGCAUCAGCUCCGUCUAUUUUACUGCAGGAUGUCAAAGACGAGCUCAGUUUCUAUAUUUUUGACUUUCAGGAAGUUGAAUUAACAACUUUAAAAUGCCAGAGCAUGUUUUUAACAUUUUAACACCAGAUAAUUAAUCUGAUUGAUGUAAAAUAUAAAGUAUUUCAAUAUCCUUAUAGAAGAGAAAACACAAAGACAAAACACUUGGAACAAGUUGUUCUUAUGCUCUGCUAUCAUGUGUUCGGCACAGGGAUGCAAAUCAGUCCUAAACAUGCUUGUUAUGUUGUGGUUAGCUGUGAUGUCAUGUUUUCAUGCUGCUGUUCUGAGUCAGUCAACAUCUGGCUCAUUUGUGUUAAUGAAGUGCAGCUGUGAGACAAACUCCUCUCAGACUUCUACUUUCAAACUCGGUGGUACAAUGUUUUGUGUCUCCAGUGUAAAAACACUCGUUAGCCUUGAAUAAUCAAUGCCAUCGUGUGUGGGCGGAGCUUCAGAUGGCCCUCAGUGAAGGUCCAACAGCUGCUCUCUAGGUGCACAUCUGCACUUUCUUCAUUAUCCUCCUUCUUCUGCGUUUGCUGCUCCUGAAGUCAGUCUGUUGUGGCUUAUUGAUUGUAUCCUGUCGGCAUCAUGCCGGCUGAAUGGUUAAUAUCAGCCCCUCCUCAGCACACUGUUCAGUGUUUUAUAGUGGACAGUAGGGCUGCCACGAUUAGU